CAAUGCGUUUUGAUCUACUUGGAAUCCAUAACGACUGCACAGUUUAAGUUCAUCAAAAAACGUCAAAAAAAGAAGAUUCGCAUCACGUCCAAAGAUAAUCUAUUUUAAUAAACGCUUCAAGAUGUGGUUGAAUAAAAGUCUACUACUAAUGAAAUUGCAUUAUUUCCUUUACUCGGGAUGUAUUGCGACGAUCCUCAGUUUCGGUUCGACGUACGCCAAACAAUUGGGAUAUUCGAAAAUCACUGUCGGGUACAUAAUGAUGAGCCUUUUCGUCAUAUCAAUGUUAACAAAACCGGUGGUCGGCGCCAUCGUCGAUAAGUUCCGUAUAAAAAAAUACAUGUUUUUGGUGUUCAUAUUUACGACCGGUAUCUCUGCGUUCUUUCUGAUGUUUGUGUCCAGACUGUCUUUAGAGACGUCCGUAGAGCUGGAUUGUGAUGUGAACAUAACGACCGUUCAAAUAUAUUUCGACCACACCAAUAAACUUUCGGACUGUGAUCAAAAAACACUAAUGGGAAACGACGGAGAUAGGUUGGUGGAUUGCAAGUUGUACUGUAAUAAUAAUAAAAUAUUGUUUUCUGAAAUGUUCUCCACAUCGAAAAAUGGACUAAACUCUAGUGAUGUCGGAAUUUUGGAAACUAAAACAACUGAUUUGCCAAUAUUAAUACAUUUGCACAACUCCAACAAUGAACGGUAUGGUUCUUAUAAUUUUCGAGUUCGAUACGUCGAUAUAAAUCACAGUCGAAUAAUGUCUCCAGUUUGUCAUCGUCCAACAAAAAUGCCUUGUCAACUGUACUGUCCCAGUCCGAUGAUCAUGGAAUUGGCAGCGACGCCAAUAUCUCAAAAAACUAUCGUUUCCAUGCCCGAAUUUUGGGAAUUUUUCUCAUUGUUGUGUAUAUUUUGGAUCAGCCAAUCGGGUAUCUGGGCCAUACAAGAUCCGAUUUGUUUCGAUCUCUUAGAAGACAAACCCAACGACUUUGGAAAGCAAAGGUGUUGGACGUCUAUUGGAUGGGGAUCCGUUACGAUGCUCAGCGGUUGGCUCGUGGAUUAUUUCAGCUACGACAAAGUGCAAAAAGACUAUACGCCCAUAUCGUAUUUGAUAUUAUCGUUUAUGAUUUUGAAUUUAUUCGUCGCUUCCAACAUCCCAGUGGUCGAAUUCAAACUGUCACAAAACACGUUCCAAAACGUUUUUAAAUUGUUCGGAAAACUUCACGUCAUAAGUUUUUUUGUUUGGAUCCUGUUGCUGGGCGUUUACAGCUCGAUGACGAUGAGUUACCUCUUUUGGUACCUUGAAGACUUGACCACGGAAUACCAAUGUCACCAAAUGGCGUAUAUAAAAACGCUACAGGGCUUUUCUCAGGGCGCCCAGAGCUUCUUCGGUGAAAUGCCGAUUUUCUUCUGUUCCGGUUGGAUAAUAAAACGCAUAAAGCACAAACACUGCAUGUCACUGGUCUUGUUCGCGUUUACCGUCCGAUUUUUUUUCUACUCCAUCAUGACGAAUCCCAUUUGGGUGCUGUUGAUCGAAAUCCUAAACGGCAUGGCAUACGCAUUGGGCCGCGCGGUGAUGGUAUCGUACUCCAGAAGGAUCUCUCCACCGAGUGCGCAUCACACAGUCUUAGGACUCAUAGGACUUAUCGACUGCAUCGGUUUAUCAUUAGGUGGUGUGCUAGCUUCACAUAUAUACGACUUUUAUGGAGGAGUUUGGUUGUUCAGAUUAUUUACAUACGGUUCAGCUGUGAUGUGUGUUUUACAAAUUACAUACAAUUUGUUGACUAAGUCAAACGAAAAGACUAUAGAUUAUUAAAACUUUUACUUAUUUUUAUUUGUGGAAACCGAUCGACUAUAUUAGAACCGUUUCAAUAACUAAUAAGGCAUAUUUUUUUACUGUACAAAACUUAUUCAAAGGUUCUAUACUUUACAUUUUUUAAAUAUGAGUUAAAUAAAGUUGUAUUUAUAAUAUUUA